ACUCCUGCUAACUUUGCAUUCAUAUCUGCGCAUGUCUCUGCAACCACUGAAGCUUAAUCUGUAGAAACAGGGAUGGACUGAGUGAAAGCUGUUGCAGGGAGAGGGUUCCUGGAGUCCCCAUUCUUUCCCAUAAAGCCUCCAAAGCCUCCAGUGAGCCUCUGCGAGGAGUUGGAGCUCCACUGUGGGCUGUAUGUGCGUCCAUGCAGCUGGAGGGAGGGCAGUGUCGCUCACCUUUCACUCGCCAUACUGUAACACAGCCGUUUGAUACGAGACAGCCCCCUAGGUGUCUCACUUUCUCAGUGUUUGUAUGGGCUGGAGCGCAGCGCCGGCUGCCCGCCUGCCUGCUGCUCGUCUGGCUGACUGGCUGCGUUGACGUCAGCGCCGUGUUGAUUUGCUAAGGCGAGAGAAGAAAGGAGUUAGUGCGUGUUGAGAGAGCGGGUACUGCGAACUGCCUUACUAUGCUGUAGCCCCAAUCCCCCCUACACUAUACGGAAUCAAAACGUGCAACUUAGGUGAGUACCGAUCCGGGCUAAACGCGGCUGCAGUUUCCCGGCGACAAGUGCCAGACCCGCUACUCUGCAUGCCACUGUUUUCUCUGUGUACUUUCAUUCACCAUACGGAUGUUUGAUGCGUUUUAAUAGCAGCUGAGGAUCGCGUUUGGCUUGUCCCCGUUCAACCUCAUGCUGAAGUUAACAGCGAACAGCGACUUUGGCACGCAAGUUGGAAUCUGCGCACCGGAGUUUGUGGAUGAAAACAAGUGUUUACCUGAUUGCGCUGCAAGGUGUUGAAGUUUGCAUUAACGCAAGGUUUCAUCUUGUUUACAAAGAUAGCUAAAAACACUGCUGAGCGGGGAAGGCGAGCCUCAUGAGUCGGCCUCGUGGAUUGCAUCGACAUAAUGGAUUUAACUAAAAUGGGUAUGAUCCAGCUUCAGAACCCCAACCACCCCACUGCCCUGCUGCAGAAGGCCAACCAGAUGCGUCUGGCUGGGACUCUGUGCGACGUGGUCAUCAUGGUGGACAGCCAGGAGUUUCACGCUCACCGGACUGUGCUCGCCUGCACCAGCAAAAUGUUUGAGAUCCUCUUCCACCGCAGCAGCCAGCAUUACACCCUGGACUUCCUUUCACCAAAGACUUUUCAGCAGAUUUUGGAGUAUGCUUACACUGCCACGCUCCAGGCCAAGGUGGAGGACUUGGACGACCUUCUGUAUGCUGCGGAGAUCCUGGAGAUCGAGUACUUGGAAGAGCAAUGCCUCAAGAUCCUAGAAACCAUCCAGUCCUCAGACGAGAACGACGUAGAGGUCAACGCUAACGACGGCAGCACAGAGGAGGACGACGAGCGCAAAGGCCACAACGGAGCCAAGAACUCCAAAAAGCAUUCCAUGGACAGUCCCUAUGUGUCCCAGCAAGUCUCCGCCAUGGCCGGCAUGGUGGACCAGAGUCCCUCCGUCUCCACUUCCUUCGGCGUCUCCACCCUGAGUCCCACCAAAGCUGCCGUGGACAGUCUGAUGAGCAUCGGCCAGUCUCUGCUCCAGCAGGGCUUCAGCGCUGAGCAGCUCGUCCACGGCAACUCCCACCACCUGAUGACUGAGAUCAAGACUGAAAUGAUGCAGGUGGACAUGGGCGGCAACGGCCACGAGAGCCCCCAGAACAUGGAGUCCAGCGCGUCCAGCAACGGAGAGCGAAGCGGGGAGGACAGGAACCGAGACGGCCCCGGCACACCGACCAGGAGCAGCGUGAUCACCAGUGCCCGCGAGCUGCAUUACGUCCGCGAGGAAGGCAUGGGAGACCCUCAAGGUGAAGUCAGCCAGAUGGGGCUGGAGGCGAUGGCCGGGAUGACGGAGAAACACCUGGCCUCGCUAUACUCCCUACCUGUCAAUCAUAAAUCAGAUGCCAUGAUGUCCAUGCCGGCGUCCAUGGCCUCCGCUCUCCCCAUGUCCCCAGCCCUGGCGAUGUCUAUGGACUUCAGUGCCUAUGGGGGACUCCUGCCUCAGAGCUUCAUCCAGAGAGAAUUCUUCAGCAAGCUCGGGGAGCUGGCGGUGGGCAUGAAACCGGACGGCAGGAACCAGAGCAUGCGUUGCAAUGUUUGCGGUGCAGAGCUACCAGAUAACGAAGCUGUGGAGCAGCACAGAAAGAUGCACAGUGGAAUGAAGACCUACAGCUGUGAGCUGUGUGGGAAGAGCUUCCUGGACAGCCUCCGUCUACGGAUGCAUUUGCUGUCUCAUUCAGCUGGUGAGAAGGCCAUAGUUUGUGACCAGUGUGGCGCCCAGUUCCAGACAGAAGAAUCCCUGGAGGCUCACCGACAGAUCCACACCGGGUCGGACAUGGCCAUCUUCUGCCUGCUCUGUGGGAAGCGUUUCCAGACCCAGACAGCGUUGCAGCAGCACAUGGAAGUCCACGCCGGCGUCCGCAGCUACAUUUGCAGCGAAUGCAACCGGACUUUCCCCAGCCAUACUGCACUCAAACGUCACCUACGCUCACACACAGCAGGGGACCACCCAUUCGAGUGCGAGUUCUGCGGGAGCUGCUUCCGAGACGAGAGCACGCUGAAGGGCCACAAGCGCAUCCACACCGGGGAGAAGCCCUAUGAAUGUAACGGCUGUGGGAAGAAGUUCAGCCUCAAGCACCAGCUGGAAACCCACUACCGUGUGCACACAGGUGAGAAGCCAUUCGAGUGCAAGCUGUGCCACCAGCGAUCCAGGGACUACUCGGCCAUGAUCAAGCACCUGCGCACCCACAAUGGCGCCUCGCCCUACCAAUGCACCAUCUGCCUGGAGUACUGCCCCAGCCUGUCAGCCAUGCAGAAGCACAUGAAAGGCCACAAGCCAGAAGACAUCCCCCCAGACUGGCGCAUAGAGAAGACCUACCUGUACCUCUGCUAUGUCUGAGACCAGGAAAAGCGAAUGAAGAGGGGUUGGGAAUCGGGGGUUUGGUUGAGAGGUAAGGGGAAUGUAAUGGAGCGGAUAGGAGGAAUGAGUGUUGACGAUUUGAGGAAUGUCAACGUCGAGGGACUGGAAAGCAAGAGGGGGUUGUUUUCUAUUUUUCUUUUCAUGCAAAGGCGGCGACGAGCGACGGGGUUAAAAAAAAUAAAAAUAAAUGAGGGGUGGUGAUGGUUGGACAAAAGUGCUAAGAAGAGGAAGACUUGGACACUUGGAGAGAGAUUCUCCACCAUUGUUCGGAUUCACCGGGUCAUUCACUACAUCUGCAACUGUGUUAUUGUUUCAGGUCAUUUUCGUGCGGCGCCACGAAGCAGGCGCCGCCGCAAGGAAGUGACUUUUUGGAUGCUGCUGCCACAGUGAUGAGAGAGCAGAUUCUCAAGGGCUAUCUGAACCUGCACUUCCAUGCCAUCUGGAACCUUCACUCCAUUUUGAGUUGUUUUAUCCAGCAGUGGGAAGCGUUUGUUUUGUUCUACUUUGGUAUUUGGUGUGUUUACAGUCACACAACGGAAGAAUAUGUGAAUCUGAGCUUUGCUUUAGGCCCCCGAUUCAUUACCUGCUUUCAGAGAAUUAAGGACUUUCUCCUACAUGUGUCUCGUGGUUCUGAACUGAUUUUUCUCGGGGUCUGAGGAGGACUGACACGCAUUUUCCAACAUGCAACCCAACGCUCCACAGUUUGAACAAACCGCUUCGGCCCAACGCGGCCCCUCAUCUUUUCCUUUGCGAGGUGCAACUGUUUUUCCGUCACUUCUCGUCUCCUGUGCCUCGUCUUCGGCGCAGAAAGGUCCACACAGCAGAAGUCCUUUAGAUCCCAGCGGUGGCAGCGAGAUAGCCCCUGAGAAUCCGCAGCAGAGCCGGUCGGCUUAUGCAGUAGAUGAAACAGUCGAACUGGACAAGUGGGAGCAUUUGAAUACUGCAAGCCAAGCGCCCGUUUGGUUGCGAUCGUGGGGGAAGAUGUUAGUGCUGCUUUUUUUUGUUGUUGUUGUUGUUGUUGUUGGAAGUCUCCCCAGUUUUCUCAGUAGUCUUCCUGGUUCUGCAUCUCCGUCGGAUGAUGGGCUAGAGAAGGUCGAGUCACCACUGGCCACUCGCGGUUCUCCCCAGAGAGCCAACGGCUAACUUGCGUCACUUUUUUUUGUCAUAUUUUUGUUCUUCUCCUUUUUUUUUUCUUUUUAGCUCUGCAUCGUAGUUUAUCAAGGCUUGAUUGCACAGGUUAAACGAAUUACGACAACAGUCUCUGUUUGAUGUCGGCAAGGUAUAUAUUUUUUUUCAUUAACUCAUAACUCGCUAUUACAGUACGUCACAUUAAAACUCAGCCUAUUCACCUAUUCAGCAAUAGAUAACUGGACUGCUUUUAUACCAUGUACAUUUAACCAGAUGAAUAUCAUUAUCUCACACUAAGGAUGAACUACACAAACUGACACAUGAACAGUUAACACUUUUUGACCGCAACAGAUCUGUCCGUUCAGCACAGGGAUGGAAAAUGGAAAAAACAAAAAAACCCAAGAAGACGGUUGCUGUCCGUGGGAGUCCUGUGACUUUGAGUGCUAGUAAGUGAAUGUUGAAGAGGUGCUGGGAAUGCCUUAGCUGCGCACCUUGGCCAAAGGUGCUGUGGUAGUUUGAAGACUGUUAUACGGCAUCAAAACAAACAUGAAUGUGAACGCCUGGAAGCCGGGUUCAUAGACGGCUGCAUCAGAAGAGCAGCAGGUUAACGCUGCCUUUCAGUCAGAGCCUGUAAUUCCCACCUCGGAGGUCGUGGUUAUUCCCUCGUGGUUCAGAGGAAGGUUUCUCCGAGAGGCGUGCAGCAGCUUAGCCUCGGCCUACGUCCCCUAGAAGAUCCACUGUGGGUUUUAUUUGAGAAUGUGCACCAGCUGGAUUGUCGUCGCAAUACAGACGUUGCAUUCAGAUGAUGCAUGUUCACAAAUAUAUUGGCAUCGAUUUGACUCAAGUGGAGUGUAAUGAAAAUGCUACGUGUUAGCUACUUAGCUAGCAGCAUUGACAGUGCAGCGCUGACGUCACGGCCGCUUGGAAAACUUUUGCCCCCGAGGUGGGAACGUCCAGCUUCCUGUGAAACGCAGCCGUCGGACCUGUUGGACGGAUGCAGCCGCGGGUUUUUCACGGUUGAACCCGAGGCUUUAACGAGCAUCACUGCCUGUCACAGCGUUACCUGGGUGGUCACGUACCCAAACGGCCGGUGGAAAUUUAAAAAAAAAAAAGGGGUGGGCGGGGAAAUCAGUGAUUGGACGAGACACGGCCCAGCAGCUGAGGGGGCGACCAGUAAGAAGACAGAAUAAAUCAACUCUUUCUCUGUGGUUUUGUCCCUUUGCGCUUCGUCUCUCUCUCUCGUCUCCUGUUGUCGUCGUCGUCGUCGUUGUCGUCGUCGUUGCUGUUGUUUGCUGUUGUUGUUAUUAUUGACCUUGAGUUUGAUCUCAACACAUCGUACUUGAAUUACCUCGUUUUCGUGACCUCAUGUUGCUUGUGUUGUUUUUUUUUUUAAUUUUCCCUUUCGUUUCAUUCGUACACUUUUCGUUCGCGAGUCGGAAAGAUGCGUUGCAAGAAACGCGAUGAAGCGAAGCGUACGCAGAAAAAUUAAGUGCCACGGUGAAGAGAUUUGUUUGGUUGUUUUUUUUUUUCUAAUGUUGUGUAUUUCUUUGUGCAUUACUUGUUACCAAACUUGGUAUUAUUAACCCUGCUUGUUGAAGAGCCGGAAGGUUUGGUCAUUUGUUAUAAAAGCUACCUCUAAGUUGUUUUCUGUUUUUUUGUUUUGUUUUGGCAAAAGCACAUUUUUUUGUGUUUGCAUUAUUUCGUCAUUGCUACUUCAUCUCAUGCUUUUUUGUUUUGUUUUUCAUAAGUUGAUUUAUGAUUGUGUGUGUGUUUUUAAGCAAAAUGUAUAUAAAAGGGUAAGAGAUAACACAAGUAGACGCGUGAUAGGAUGAGAAAAGUCGUUCAAAAUGGAUGUUUAUUCUUCUCUUAUAGUCUCCCCCUGCGCCACCGACCACAGAAGAGCAGAGACAAAACAAAAAAAAAGGAAAAAAAUCUAAAAAAGAAGCAAUUUCGAAGCCUUAAGUGAUGAGUAAGAGGGAUGCGGCAGAUAAGAGGAAGUACUAUUGCUUUUUAGGAGGGUUUAAAAGCAAGAAUUUAAACUUGAAAAUAUGUGAAUAGAAUUGUAGUUUUGUAAUGUGAAAAAAAAAAACAAAAAGCGACGAGAAGGUUCAUCAUCAAAAGAAAGAAAAAAAAAAAAGCAAAGAAGCGCUGAACCGCCCAGGACAGGUCAUAUUUGCAGCGAUGCAGAGUGCGUUGGACAAUUUGGAAACUGCAAGUGGUAAUCAAAACAGUAAAAACCAGACGGUUAAAAAUAGAGAUUCUCUCAGCAGACGACGAGCUCUCUUGAGAAAAUGAGUGUAUUCCUGAACAAGAGCCAACAGAGGCAAUUUGAUAUAUAAAAAUUGUGAUAUUUUUGUAUUCAGUGUCGGUCCUUUUUCCAUUUGUGGAGGGUUACAGCAGGGCACAAAUAUUUGUAUUUCUUUUUAUUUUCUUUCUUUUUUUUUUACUGUUUUCUUUCUCUCUCUCUCUCUCUCUCUCUCUCUGGGUGUGAAUCAUUUUUGCCUUGCUCCUCUUUGAUAUCGUUGGACAAAAAAAAAGAAAAAAAAAAACAACAACGUGCGUGAACAUAUUGUAAUAAUAAGUGUUGCUUUCUGGAUGUCAAUUGCAUUGUAGGUGAAGGACUAAAUCUAUCCGCCACAACAAAAAAGAAAAAAAGUGUGUGUGUGUGUAUGUGACAACAACAAACAAACAAACAAAAAAAAAACAGAAAAAAAGACGCAAAAAAAAAAAAAAAAGGAGAAAAAAUAAUAAAAUACGGGACGGCAGGGGGACGCUGCCAAAACCGACCAAUUAGUACUUGUCAUUCACAAUUUUUCAAUCAAACUUGACUGUCAGCGUAUUUUUUUUGUUUUGUUUUGUUUUUGUACUUGAAAAGAAAAAAAAAAAAAGAAGAAGAAGAAGGGAUGGCAUGUCCCGUUUUGGUGUCUUGCCAUUUUAUUCUCAAACACUGUGAGCUGAGGGGGCUUUUUAUUUCCCACCCUCGUAUAAUAUCCACCCACUAUGAUAUACCCAGUCACGGUUCAGUCUGAACGCCACAAUGCAAGACCUGUUCAGUCACGUUUAUUCCUAUCAUCGUCCUCUGAAUGUUUUCUACUUUUUUCGUGCGGGUGAAAGAGUGCGUAACUAUGUGUGUGUGUGUGUGUGUGUGUGUGUGUGUGUGUGUAUUAGUGGGAAAAUGCACUAAUCAGAUCAGAUACAAAAUAAAAUGAUAUUCUAUGCCACUUUUUUUUUUCUGUUGGAAAAAAAAUAUAUAUAUACAUUGGCAUCGAUAUAGUUCUUCCCUCAGUGUUCCUCCGAUGUUUCUGUACUAUCUUUGUGCCUAAAAAUGGAAAUUGUUCAACAAAAAUAUCCAUCUAUAUCUGCUUAGUUUUCUGUAUUUUCAGAAGAAAAAUAAAAAAUGGUGUCUCCAGCACCCUAGGGAUGUCAUGACGCUCGAAAAUGACCUGAUUUUUCUUUUUUUUUUUUUAAUCCUGAAUAGAGCAGGGCUUCUUUUUUUUCAAGGACUGAAAUAAACCCUUGAUGCUAUUGAAAUAGCGAUCGGGAUUCUUCUGUUUUCUUCUUUCUGAAGGCUGUGAUUGGCACCUAAAAGCAUUUAUUUAGCAAAACAAAGCACGAGGGGAGAAUUUCAGACGAGCUGCGGUGGCGAAACUUGCUUUCGGGACAAAAUCUGUUUCGAAUUAAGGCUCCUUCUUCACUCCAGAUGCUCUGAUUUCCUUUUUUUUUUUGGUUUUUCGUCAGCAACAGGUUUGCUGAUGUGAACAUGAUUUUGUUCUUGGAAGAAAAA